AAUCAAUUGUUUCUCUUACCUGCUGCAGCAUAAAUUCUGUGCGUGCGCGUUUUUAGCUCAAUGUGUUGGUGUAAGUUUUAGAAUUUCAACAAAAAAAAAAUCGAGAAAAAGUUGUUCAAAUAAAAGACCAGAAUGGAGGUUUUAAAAUUGAUUUUGUUAAUUGUGUAUCUAUUUCCAUUCGAAACGAAUGGUCAAUUUCGAAUUGUGGGUCUGUUAAAUGUCGACGAUUCAAUAGCAAAUGAAAAUCAUCCAACCACACACCAUUCCAAUGCUCAAGGACGGGGAUUCAGUGGCGACGAGGCUUUGAAGAAGUUUUUGAUUCGACCAAAAAAUAUCGUUCGCGUUCAUUUAAUUGAUGAUGUGCAUCAAAGUGAUAUAUUUUCUGGAACAGAUAACAUUCUCAUGAUUCGAACAAAAAAUCGAAAGACUCAACAAUCGUCUAAUUCUGUUCACAAUGACACCAAUGCUAUUAUAAAAAAGCCAUCGAAAACAGAAAAAAUUACUUAUCGUACAAAGCGACCACAAUAUCAACAGAGAUCUUCGAUUCCAUUGAAACAUACUAAAUACCAAUUAAACAGUGUAAUUCCGGAUGCAUCAGAGAAUCGGUCAUCAGUUAAUAACCCAAUUCAAUCGAAACUAAAUAAAGCAGUAAAACGUAAUCGUUACAAAUCACGGUGCCGUUGUGUGCGCAUCUCGAAUUGUCCAAGAAUUCAAAUUUCUGUGUCACGUUGUGAACCAAAUUAUUUUCUCUGUUGCUUUUAAAUGACUAAAAAGUGAAUUUGAAGACAAAAAUGAACAAUUUACAAAUUACAUAAAUUUUUCAGAAUAUUUAUUUGAAAACCGUGUGUGUGUGUGUCGUUCGUUAUUUCAUACAGAAUCUAGUAACUAAGCACGAAUAAAAUUUACUCACUAAACAUAAAUAAGUGUAGAAUCGUGUGUGUAUGUGUUUGUGUGCAAAUUUCAUAAAAUUUUGCAUUUUUUUCAUUAUUUUUUUUAAAAACAUAGAAUUAAAAUACUCAAUUUGUUGCAAAUGUUUAAGUGGUGUCAAUUAAAGAAAUUCUCCCAUUGGUUUCAGAAUAAUAUCUUGGAUCUGAAAUUGAAAUAAGAUGUGAUCUUGUUAGAAAGAAGAAACGACAAAAUACAAGAAGUAGAUAAAUAGAAAUUCAGGUAAUGCAUAGCGAAAAUCAAAUCAUAAAAAUAGAGAUUGUAAAAAUAGCUAAAAGACCAUUUUGCUUAGUAAUCAUUUUAUAAACGUGCACAAAGAAAAAAAACGACUGCAUAUUUAAGACACUCUCGAAUCGUUGUUGAUGUUGAAGAUUUAAUUAUAACCCAUAUAACUCAUUUGCGGAGUAAUUUUGUCGAUGACGGGACUGUGCGGAGUUCGGCGGAGAUAGCAUGCAAAUGCUGUGUGUACGAGUGCAACAGCAUUCUUUGCUGUUCAUAGAUUUAUUUUCUCCAAACGAACAUCUUAGUAGCCGUACACACAACUAAGUUACUAAUCAUCUGCGUAAGAAUGAUGCACAUAGAAGUGCUGUUACCCUCGUACACACAGAGUUUGUAUGUCAUCUCCGCCAAACUCCGCACAGUCCCGCCACCGUCAAAAUUACUCCGCAAAUGAAUUAUAUGGGAAGCGGUUAAAAAUGCACGAUAAUUGCACUAAAUACACUCGGAGACAAAACAAAAACAACCAACUAAUUUUUAUCAUACACAUAACCAUUUCAUGAAUGUAUCUACUAUAGGUGCUUGCAUUAGUAAUACUUUUCUUUCUUUUUCCGUCAAUAUCUGUAUUUAAUUAUCUUCUCAGCUUCAAACAAAACUCAUUUAACCACACCAUUGCUGCAAAGACACUUAGUUAUUAGCGCCAUCUAGUUCGUGCGAGAAAAAAUCUUCACAUUUCACACACGUACUAUUGAGUUACUUCACUAUGCAAUACAGUGAGGGCGCCAGUGAUACGUGUUUUGCAGCAACCCAGUGCAUUUAACGAAGAUAAAAUCGAUUCAUUUUCAUGGAAGAACGUGAAAAAGAAUGAAUCCAAAUGUAUUCUAAAGGAACUGUAACUUUUAUUGCUGCUGGCUGUAUCUAUCUUCGAGACGUGUCCAUUCUGUUUUGUUGCUUUUUUUAUGAUUCCACACAAGUUAUUGUUAGAUAACAGAGCAUUUGCAAAUGAAUAAAAAAAACCGACGUUUACUUACUAAAACGUGCUGUGGUGUCGUGAUUGCAAAUACAACAGCUUUGGCAACAUCUUCGCCCUUCAGACGGGGCAUAUAUUUUACUAAUUCAUUAUUAUCGCCUUCAUGGGUUGUCAAAAUAUCAUUCUCCACUAAGCCCGGACUUAUAUUCUAUGGCGCACAUAAAAAAGGAAUCAAAUCGACAAAUGGAAUUUUAUGAUCGUCUAUUUUUAACUUUGUAUUAUUAUUAUUUUUCUUAGUUGAUAAUGGAAAUU